UUUAUUAUUAUAUAAAUGAAUCUCUAUCUUCUUCUUUUCACCUUCGUUUUCACUUUCAUUCAUUCCACCAAAAAAAAUUAUGGAACUUAACUUGGAUUUGACUUUAGCCUCUGUUCCCAAAACCGUUUCUCAUUUCCUCAACGAAGUUUCUCUCACCAAAGACUCAUCUCAGAAGCUUUCAAUGCUCGAUGACUUGGUUCGUAGAUUGGAAGAAGAAAUGAACAAAGUGCUCGCUUUCAAACGCGAACUUCCUCUCUGCAUACUCCUCGUUAACGAUGCUAUAGCAAGAUUGAAGGAUGAAAAAGAAAAAGUUAGGUUAAUCAAAAUGCGAGAUCCAGUUUUGGUGAAUGAAAACUCUGAUAAUAAGAUGAAUUGGAUGAGUUCAGUUCAGCUUUGGACUAAUCAGACAAAAUCGAAUGAAGAUGGUGAUAGGUCUGUGUCACAGAAGAGUAAUGGUGGAGGGGUAUUUAUGUCAUUUAAUGAAAAUACUCGUGUUCCUUUGAAGGAGGUUUCUCAGGUUCCGAGUUUUAGUUUGGUCUCUGAAGUGAGUCAUGGAAAUUCUAAGAGUGGUUGUGAUCGAAGUAGUUCUAGUUCGUCUUUGUUGCGCGUUGAGAUACAGAAUCAACAGCCGCAGCCACCUCAGCCUUUGCUGCAAAGUUCCAGGAAACAAAGGCGAAGCUGGUCGUCCGAGCUUCAUCGCCGAUUUGUUGAUGCUCUUCAACAGCUUGGUGGAGCACAUGCAGCCACUCCUAAACAAAUUAGGGAAAAGAUGCAAGUGGAUGGAUUAACAAAUGAUGAAGUGAAAAGCCAUUUGCAGAAAUACAGGCUUCAUGUUAGAAGAUUCCCAGUUUCUUCAAUUGAGGAGGCUAAUAAACUCGCCUUAUAUAUGAUCGAAGAUCAAGAUACAUCAAAGGGAAAUUUAUCAGAGUCUGUUUCACCACAGGGUCCUCUUACUCCUAUUCUCAUUGGAGGAUCCGUUAAAGGUCUCUCGAGCCAUGGAAGAAACAGCGUGGAUGCAGAAGAUGAACAAUCAGAUUGCAGGAAUUGGAAAGAUGAUCGGGAGCAGCAACAUGAAGCCGAAUAAUCAGAGUUUCUAAAUUUUUGCAGAUAAUAUAAUAUAAUAAAGCAUAGCAUAUAGGUGAAGGCUGAGAAUUUAACAUCAUAAAAAUAUUAUAUACUAUCUAACAAAGAGAACUACAGAGAGAUUGAGUUUUAUGCCAUAGUUUUUUUUCCAAUAUAACUAUGCUAUGGUUAUUUUAGACUGUUGUGGAAAGAGCUGUUGAAGGAGGUUAUUGUUGUAACUAGUGCCAUUUUCAUAGAUGAAUUUUCAUUCAUGUUCUGAGCUUAA